GUGGGGGUGGAGGAGGUGACUCGCCGCCGAGAUGCACCAGGUGCCGUACGGAGCUGGACUUAGCUCGAACGCGGGUCGAAACGAGAGGCUCUUCCGGAAGAAGACGCACGAGUGUCGUCGACGUAGAAACGCCGGUAAUAUCACCGGUACAUACGCCGAUGCCGAAACUCCGAUCGAUCCACCGAUCGAUACAGCUCCAUACUGUCGAGUACAACAACCCCCACAAUUGGCUUCCUCGCCUCGUAUCCUUUCCAGAUACAGAGGAUCCCUGCUACCUUCGAACGUGCUUCUCAUAGGAUUGGCGCUCUGCUGUUUAACACUGUCGCCUGUACAACCGCGACAAAAUCAUCAUCAUCAUACUUGUCCCGGUUGCCCGCAUCAACAGCAACACCAGCAGCAUAUUCACGAGACGAAUCGGGGCGGUGGUUCGAAGGAUACCGCCGCGCCCAGCCCGGACGAUCUUAGAUUGGAGGCGAUCAAGCAUCAGAUACUAACUAAACUCGGCCUUAGAACGCGACCGGACGUAAACAGAACUUUGGCCACGGUGCCUAGGCAUUUGGCGCUCGAGACACUUUACAGAGCCGAGGCACAAUCCUCGUUACGUUAUCCGUCCGACAGAUCGAACGACGACCAUGACACCGUCUAUUCCCCGGACUUUCUCUACGGCGGCGACGAGUAUUCCUAUAAAAAUCUCGAUCACCGAGCCGAGAGUUCGGCUAAAGACAACUCCAGGCUUGGUUCAUCCUAUCAAGUCUACGGAGAACGCGACGCUCAAAACUCGCAGGAGGAGAUUGACGAUUUCUACGCGAGAACCUCCGAGAUUAUCACGUUCGCCGAGCCCGGAAGAACGUUAAACGGACAACCGCUACUGGAAUUCCCGAUGUCCAGCGGGGAACCAGCGUUGGAACCUUUGAAAAUCAAGAGGGCAACCCUUUGGGCGAGAGUCGAAUUCAAACACGCCCAUCAUUAUCAACACCAUCGCCAGGGCGAAACGAACCAAAGAAACAUUACGCUGUGGGUAUUCAGGGUACGCUGCGGCAACAUGACGCACUUGCGUGGAAAGGAGCUCGGACAACAUCUGGAAAUGGUCACAUCCCUAGGUGUGAACAUCGGUCAAUUGGGGUGGCUAAAGUUCGAUGUCACCAGAGUGGUGAACAGUUGGUACACGACUAACGAAGGUACGAGCAGAGACAAAUUGACACUGUUAGUCGAUUGUACCGGAUGUGGUUCGCACGUCCACGUAUCGACGUUCAAUGGUCAUUCCCCGCACGUGAUCGAGUCGUCGUUUAACGCAAAAGGUACACAAGACCCGGACAGACCGUUCCUAGUGGUUCGCACCGAUCCAGCGGCUGUGAAAAGAGUGAGAAGACGGGCGGUCGAAUGCAGCGGCGCGAUAAAGGGUCAAUGUUGCAAGCAAAGGUUCUACGUGAACUUUUCUCAGCUCGGUUGGGACGACUGGAUAAUCGCUCCGCAGGGGUAUUACGCCAACUACUGCAGAGGUGAUUGCGCGACGGGGCAUAGAACGCCGGACACCUUCCUAAACUACUACACCCACGUGAUCGAGGAAUACCGAAAGAUGGAUCGACUGGCCGGUAUGCAACCGUGUUGCGCCCCACUAAAAUUCUCGCCGAUGUCGCUAAUCUAUUACGGCCCCGAUUCGAACAUCAUCAAAAGGGAUCUACCAAAGAUGGUGGUGGACGAAUGCGGAUGUCCCUAAGUGUUCCUCGAUACUCUACCACGAAACGAAGGGUUCGCGCCGCUUUACCAUCGAAUAUUACCCUCGAUUUUCGUGUUCCAAUCGAAACCUUCUCUAUACAUAUAUACCACCUACCGUUUUCUUCCGCGUUCGUCGAAUGUAUACCUAGUACGAAACUUUUUCGAACGAGUUACGCCGAGUUACGCGUGUAUUAGAAAAGAAAGAAAAAGAAACGGUUUCAAUCGUGUCCGCACCUCUAUCGACCCUUCGCGAUCCACCCUUACGCCGAGCCACCACCGGUCUAAGGGGCUCGUGUUACGCGAUUUUCGGCACGUUCCCAGACAAGCCUCGAUCCGGUUUCCUUUAGGGUUCGUUCCUAGUAUUACGGAGAUACAGACACGGUCAGAGUACGUUUGAAAAACGAUCCGUGUGUCCUCGAAUCAGGUCCAAAAGCAAUUUUCUACCUUACAACGGAUUCUCGAUCGUCGGCAAUCCGAUUACGAUGAAACGAAACGAAACGAAACGGCACGGCACGACGCAACGCGACGCGACGCCAAUAAUAUGGACAAUCGAGAAAGUACGACCAGACGGGAGGACGUUUUAAACGACCGUCGGUUUUAGACGACACUAGAUCAACCGACGGUCCAUCGAACACCCGUCGAUGAGAUAAUCUAGUUUCCUCCGCUUUUCAGCUAGAAUUCGACGAAUGUCUAAGGAAAAUAGAAAGUGCCGCGUCGCUAGAGCAAGGUGAAAUAGAGGUAGUGAUCGGACGAGAAUGCAGGUAAAGAGUAGAGGGUGGAAAUUAAUAAACGAGUUAGAAAAUACGUGUAUGAAAGCAGAAAAAUUACUAAGAGUAUUCUUACUAAGAGCUUAAUCUUUUCUUAUUAGCUGCGCGACGAAAAGAGGAAAGUAGAACGUAAAAAUUGAUGAAAGUAAAAGAGACUAUAUAUAUAUACACAUAUAUAUACUAUGUAUACAUCAAUUAUCCAUAUACCUGUACAUGUGUCGCGUAUGUAUAAUACAUAUACAAUACAUGUACAGGUAGAGAAAUGCGCGAGCGUGAACGCAAGCGGACAUAAGAGGUGAUUCAAUCGACUAAUACUUAAAGAUGGGUGUAAGGAUAACGUGUAAACGAUCAAACUCAAUCCGAUUGCCUUGUUUUUUAUGCGGAAUGUAUGAAAGUAUCGAUUAAUGAUUUAAUAAGUUAAAGAGAGAAGAAGAAAAGUACUAUUAAAAUUGUAUGUACACGUAGGUACAUGAAAUAUAAAUACAAAUAUAAAUAUAU